AUGUCGCGUGACGCACGGGCACCCCGCAUCAAGAACCGGGCGCCCGCCCCCAUUCAGAUCUCGGCAGAGCAGCUGCUGCGAGAGGCCCAGGAACGCCAAGAGGCGCCCCAGCAUGUCGUCGAAAAGUCGCGCGUGGAGGACUACGAGGAGCUCGAAGAGUACCGCGGACGCAAGCGCAAGGAGUUUGAGGAGAGCGUAGGCCGCAUGAGGAGCGACAUGAACCGAUGGAUCAAGUACGCCACCUGGGAGGCCGGCCAGGGCGAAAUGGACCGCUGCCGCAGCAUCUACGAGCGCGCCAUCGACGUCGACCCGCAGUCGGCGCCCCUCUGGAUCCGGUACACCGAACAGGAGCUCAAGGUGCGCAACGUACAGCACGCCCGCAACCUCUACGACCGCGCCGUCACCAUCCUGCCGCGCAUCGACCAGCUGUGGUACAAGUACGUCCACCUCGAGGAGCUCCUCGGCAACAUCGCGGGCACCCGCCAGGUGUUUGAGCGCUGGAUGAGCUGGGAGCCCGACGAAAAGGCGUGGUCCGCCUACAUCGCCAUGGAGCUGCGCUACAACGAGGCCGAGCGCGCCAGCGCCAUCUGGGAGCGCGCCGUCACCUGCCACCCGACGCCCCGGCAGUGGAUCCGCUGGGCCAAGUUCGAAGAGGACCGCGGCGCGCUCGACAAGGCGCGCACCGUCUUCCAGAUGGCGCUCGACUUUAUCGGCGAGGACGAGACGGCCAUGGAAAAGGCCCAGACCGUCUUCACCGCGUUUGCCAAGAUGGAGACGCGCCAGAAGGAGUACGAGCGGGCCCGGGUGAUCUACAAGUACGCCCUCGAACGGCUGCCGCGCGCCAAGAGCGAGGGCAUCUACGCGUCCUACACGCGCUUCGAAAAGCAGUUUGGCACCACGACGAGCGUCGAGGACACGGUGAUCGGCAAGCGCCGCAUCCAGUACGAGGAGGAGCUCAGCGCCGACGGCGGCUCGCACGACUACGACACCUGGUUCGACUACACGCGCCUCGAGGAGGACGCCUACCGCGCGCUCGCCUCGGCCGGCGGCGCCGACGACCAGCUCCAAAAGGCGCGGGCGCGCGUCCGCGACCUCUACGAGCGCGCCAUCGCCAACGUGCCCCCCUCGAACGACAAGCGCCACUGGCGCCGCUACAUUUUCCUCUGGCUGCGCUACGCCCUCUUCGAGGAGAUCGACGUGCGCGACUACGACCGCGCCCGCGAGGUCUUCAAGGCCGCCAUCGCCGUCGUGCCGCACCGCAGCUUCACCUUUGCCAAGCUGUGGAUCAACUACGCCCACUUUGAGGUGCGGCGGCUCGACUUGCCGGCGGCGCGCAAGAUCAUGGGCGCCGCCAUCGGCAUGGCGCCCAAGGAGCGCCUCUUCCGCGCCUACGUCGACCUCGAGCUGAGCCUCAAGGAGUUUGACCGCGCGCGCAAGAUCUACGAGCGCGCCCUCGAGUGGGACGCCACCAACAGCCGCACCUGGGUCAAGUUUGCCGAGCUCGAGCGCAACCUUUUCGACACGGACCGUGCGCGCGCCCUCUACGAGCUCGGCGUGCGCCAGGCCGACGAGGCGGGCAGCGGCGGCCUCGACAUGCCCGAGGUGCUCUGGAAGGCCUAUAUCGAUUUCGAGUUCGAGGAGCGCGAGUGGGAGCGCGUCGAUGCGCUCUACGAGCGCCUGCUCGAGCGCAGCGCCCACGUCAAGGUGUGGAUCAGCUACGCGCUCAGCAAGAUCGGGCAGGCCGUCGCCGAAGAAGAGGACGAGGACGAGGGUGACGAUGAAGACGGCGAGGGAGAGGGCGGCGAUGGCGAGGAGACCGAGAAGCCGCCGAGGGUGCUGACCGACGAGCAGAUCGAGGAGCGGCAACGGCGGCGGCAAGAGGCCAAGCAGCAGACGAGAAAGGUGUUUGAACGGGCCUACCAGGAUCUCAAGGGCAAGGGGCUCAAGGAAGAGCGGGUGGUGUUGCUCGAGUCGUGGAAGACGUUUGAGCAGACGCACGGCGACGCCGAGUCGCUCGAGGCGGUGCAGGCCAAGAUGCCGCGCGUCGUCAAAAAGCGGCGCGAGCUGGGCGACGGCAGCGCCGACAUGGAGGAGUACUACGACCUCCUCUUCCCGGACGACGAGGAGCAGGGCAAACCGUCGUUCAAGCUGCUCCAGAUGGCCCACGCCUGGCGGGCCGCCCAGGCCGCGAAAGCUGCCGCUGCCGCUGCCGCAGCUGGCGAUGGCGCUGCAGAGGACGGUGCAGAGGGCGGUGCAGAGGGCGGUGCCGACGGCGAGGCACACGAGGGGACCGACCAGGCCGAGGCCGGCGACGCGCCAGACGGUGUGCCGGCCUGA